CAGUGCACCCGUGAAGCGCAUGCUGUGGCCUUGACCUACAUAGUAGAGUCCAGACCAGAGGUAACUGUCCCGUAUGUCGUGCGCAGAUGGCUUUUAGGAUACGUGAGUUUGAGAUCAGGUGCAAAAAACAUGAGUGGAAAACCCGUAAUUCACAUUGAUGUCGUGAGUGAUGUGAUAUGUCCCUGGUGCUGGGUGGGAAAGAGACGCUUGGAAGAAGCUAUGCGAGAGCAGAAAGAUAAGUAUGACUUUGUGGUUCGUUGGGAGCCAUUUCUGCUCAGGCCAGAGAUGCCAGAGGAAGGCGUGCCCAGACCCCCAGGAUUUCCAAGUGAAAGUGCCGUGCAAAACCUGAGGGAGGCAGGCAAGACUGUAGGCAUCGACUUCACGGUGAGGAGCCAGAGGAUUCCCUGGACGGUACUGGCUCACACGCUGCUGGAGUUUGCCAAGGAGACGGAUGGAGGCCAGAUGCAGAAUGACCUGCAGGAGGUUAUCUUUAAGGGUUACUUCACAGAUGGUUUGCUGCCCGACCGAGAGAAUCUCCUCAAGUUUGCCGAAGCAGUGGGGCUGGACAUCGAGAAGGCCCAUUCAUUUAUUCAGGACAAGGCCAACCAGAAGAAAGUUUACGACAGGGCAAGGUAUUGGGCACGGCAAGGUGUCACAGGUGUGCCAACGUUUUACAUAAACGGACAGUCCACAUUUUCAGGUGCUCAGGGCACGGACAUAUUUACCAGGAUGUUUGAGCGAGCGGCUACCAAGUUUGCCAAUCAGAAACUGGAGAUACCGGCCAACAUAUAAUAGGCUCUCCUUUACCACCAUGUGGGGGGGGGGAUUUUUACUGUCUUAAUAAAUAGAUAGCUGUACUUUGUGUUUGGUAGACCACCAUGUAUAAUUCAAGAAAAGAUUCCUCAGUCAUAUUGUUGCAUAGAUGUACAUUAAUUUGUGGGGGCAAAUUUCAUGCCUCUACACAGUGAAUGGAGAGUCUUCAGAAAUUGGAAUAGUGUAAUUCACAGAUUAGGAAGGGAAUUUGGGUUGUGGGUAUGUCUACACCUGAUAAGUAAAUGUAAUAACAGGUAAUCGGUUUAGCACAAUUUGUUGGCUGGGGCUGUAAAAAAGCAAGGAAUGUUGACUGCAAGUAAACAGAGUGCACAAACUUGUACCCUUGGCCAGGUUGUUGAACUUGAUCUGCAGGGAUGUCUGUAGCCACGUCCAAAUGUUGGGCUAUGGCUGGAGUCAGCAUAUAUUGAACGUUUCUAUGGCAAAUAUGUGAAGUCAGUGGGGCCUGUGCCUUUUCCAGUUGGUUUAUACAUGUAGCUAAAGUAGUUUGGGUACGUUAUGCACAUUCUUAUGAAAUGUUAGAUGAUCGCAGGAUGUGGCUCACUCACAGGACAGUGUGUGUGCUGGGCAGUGCACAGUUUUAAUGCAUGUCCGUACAGAGUGGACUUAGUGGAGUAUGCACAACCACUUCUCAUCUUUGAAUCAUUCCAUCUAAAUGAGCAGAAGCCAACUGGCAUCUGGAUGUCCACAAACCAAUUUGUACUCAUUGGCCACAAACCAGGUUUUUGUUAUUAGGUUGUGCACAAACCAAUUUGCCUCUGGAAGUGCACAAACCAAUUUUCAAUUGGAUGUGCAUAACCAGUUUACAUCUAUAUGUGCACAAAAAGCAAUUUACAUCUGAGCAUGUACAAACCAAUUCAUACCUAUGAUGUGCAUUAAAAAGAAGAGAUUUUUCUUCAGAAUGUGUACUAACUAGUUUUUUUUUACUAACUGUGCACAAACCUGAUUAUCACAUGGAUGCCACAAAUCAAAUUCAAUUGGAAUCUGCACAAGUCUGUGCAUGAGAACAAUUGGCUGGCAUUGGCAAGUCCCUGUCAUCUCUUUCUGUGCUACGCCUGAGUAGGCACACAUGAAUGUUUCUAUAAUCCUGACCAUUCUCUUAUUAGUCUAAGUUCGCAUUAACCAAAAUAAUACAAUCAAAAAGUCACAAUUUACCACAAAAAAGGGUAUUUGUCAUUAUCAGUAACAGCGGAGAAGUCAUGUCAGUGAAAGUGGUACUUUUUGAAACACAGCAAGUGAAAAACACUUUUAUUGUGUGUUAAAUAAUCUUUCGAAACCUCACACCACACCCGGCCUAUUUGUAGUAGUUGUUCCCACAAGAAGAAGCUGCAAGAAAGAUACAGUAGUGAGUUUAUAGGGCUUGAAGAAAAGGAAAACGGUCAUUGUUUUACAACUUUUUCAGAAAUACUUGAAAAUAUUUCACAAAAAUAUUUAAAAAAUAAGCAUAAACAUAAGCACAGUAAAUACGAAAUCUAGUAAAUCCGUUCUAAAUACUGAUGUUAAUAAGAGCAUAUAAUUUUUGGAUUAUUUUCUAGUCGACAUUGAUCUUACGUAAAAACAAGAAUUAAUUAUUUUUAUGUUAUCAAUGUAAGAAGUGUAUGAUACUUGGAGAAUAAAAAUUUAAGUUAGAAUUAAAAUUUAAAUGGAUAAUUUAUUUGUACACAAGAAAAAAGAGUUUACAGUAACAUCAUAAGAUAUUCAAAGUGAAUGAUGUACGAAAUGAGUGACAUACAGUGCCUUUAAAGAGAACCUUUAUCUUUUUAUCCUACACCCACUGAAGAAAGGAUUUGUACAUGGACGAAAGAUAAGGCUGAUAAGGACAAAAUUAAUAGGCAUGUACAAUUAUUUGUAUGUCCAAGAAACGGCACGGUGUGUAAGUACACGUUCUCCCGACCCCUGAAAAACAAAUGAAAACUGUUUUUUGCCAAACAGUUCACCGUGGCUUAGCCCGUUUGAUGAACCACACGCCUACAGUCACUUUCCUGUGGACAUCAUUGUUUAUAAACAGGAAAUUUUAAGGGCCCUUUGAAGAGUGGUUUUUAUUAGUUACAAUUGAAAAUGUAUUUUUUAAACGAUAUCCAGAAUGUAAAAGUUGUUUUGAUUAAUAAAUGAGAGAGAGGGGGUGAGAGAAAGUAAACAGUUU